CAUUUUUUCAUCACUCCCCUCUCUGUUUCCUCCCUCAUAACCGUUUAUCAACAGAGCCUCUGUUUUCCAUGUCAGCAUUGUCAAGAUCAAGGUCCCAAAUUUUGAGUUCUUCCCGCCCCAAACCCAAACCAGACAACACAACCUUGUACUAUAAAUAAUUCCAAAUGGCAUGACCACUCAUACACUUCUAAUCUAAUAACAAGUUGCUUGCUUGCAAUCCUCGCAGUUCAGAAUCAGACAUGGAAGAACCCGUCGUGGAACAGUCCUCUUCUGCUGCUGCUACUGCUUCCUCUGGGAACACUGUCAGACCCAAGCUUCAAAAGUAUGCGCUUCGCUCUGCCAAUAAAUCCAAGGAAGAGAAGCCAGAUAAUACACCCAAUUGCUCCAAUCCUUAUGAAUCAAAGAGGGUCAGAAGUGUGGGUGCUUCAAGUGUAAGUAAAAGUGUGAGUGUUGUAGAUUUUUCUGGCAAGGACAAGUCUGGUAGUAGUACCAAGCCACCCAGAAGGCUCUCAAUUCCUACCAAAGCACCAGCCACUUCGAGACCGAAGCUGGGUGGCAACAUUACCCCAAUCUCAGAGACUAGAACUGGGAGGAGUGCUUUAGGUCAAAGCAGAAGCAAAACACCCAUUUCUGAAAUUUCCAAGACAACAAAGUUAAAUCUUUUAACUUCGGCUUCAUAUUGGCUGAACCAGAUUAAGCUCUCUGAAACUGCUACCAACCACUCAAUUUCACUUGCCUUCUUCAAACUAGCUUUGGAGGCAGGAUGUGAGCCUCUGGGGCCAAUGCAAGAAGGGCUAAAAUCUUAUGUGAGAAGACAUCAACUUGACGAUGGCCUUGGUGAAACUGUGAAAGCAUUGUUUGAGAGCUAUAACAUCUCAGAAAGCAUGGAGCAGUUGCAGUUGUCUGAAACUGUUUCACAUGUGCCCGAAGAGGGAACUCGGUCUUCUGAUGAUGAUGUCCAUAGCUCGUCUUCUACCACUGAGAGUAGAAAAUUGAGACCCAGGAGCUUAAAUUCUACCAAACUCACACCUUCAACAGAGUCAACAAAGAAAGAGACAUGUCAAAAGAGUAAUCCUGGAUCCAGAUUGAGAGGGAAUUUCAGCACCAACACCACAACUCCAAGGCCUUCUCUAGACAAAAGGAAUAAUAGGUUGGUUAAAAAAUGUGAUAAGCCAAGCAAGCAAGAAUCAAACAAGGUCAAGAAGCAGGAAAAGAAAUCCGAUGUCAAAGAAGCUGCAGCUACCGCACCAAAGAGCAACAAAGAAAAUGUGCAAACUCUGGGUGCUGAAGAGAUCAGCGUGACAGAAGUGGUGUAAACAAUCUCCAGUUUGCAUUUCUGAAUUUUUGUGAUUCUUUGUUGAGCUUGCUUCUGUAUAGGCUGCAUUUCUCUUUGCUUGGUCACUUGCCAUAUUUUUGUGUUUGUGUCAUGUUACUUAUACACUUGUUAAUCAAACCAUACUGCAUCGAAUGUUGUUGUUGGUGUCUAUAAAUGUUUCCAUACUGUAUGUUGUGAAGGGUGGAGAUUUUUUCCACAGAAACAAUAUUUUUCUUCUGUAUUAAUUAUUUUGAUAAUGUCAAAGUGAGUAUAUUUUGUGAUCCUUUAUGUGAAUUAA